GGGCUCGGUGCGGUUAUGUGUGUCUUGGCCAAUAUUCAGACAGACAGAUGUCUGAGGAGCGAUUUUUCCACAGUCUGUCUGCUACUGUGUGCAUUCGCCUUUAUCGAUGAAGCAUCAAGUACAUGCGGAAAGAUGUUUGGAUUUGGGUUGAAACUGAAGUCGAAACCAAAGCCCACCAUCAGUGCUGCUCGUCGCCCAAGAGAUCCGGUUGCCGAAUCAUCACACAAUCUCAUCAAACAAACAUCAAAUGAACAUUUGAAUCAAAAUUCAUCCAAAGAUAAAUCAAUACUUAUUCAACCCGAAAGAAGUACAUCAACGGUUGUAAAAGAAAUUACAGAAUUAGUUUCCCAUACAGCUCUAGGUCAUCUUGAAUCUGGAAACGAGGAUAUUAAUGAAGAAUCAUAUUUGAAUAAAGACACUGUGAACCUCUCAUUAGUCAAUAGCAGUAAAGGUGUUAUUGAAAAUGAUCGGACUUUUUCGCAUCCCACCAGUAAUCAUAACUCAGAUAGCUCAAAAACGUGUAAGCAAAGUAUCUCAUCAGAUCUCGUUUCCACUGGAAAAUAUAUUGAUUCCGCUGCUGAUAAUGCGUCAGAUGAAACUUCUACUAGUCAUAGAAAUUUAGUUAUUUCAAAAGACAACUCAGAAAUAACCAAACAGGACAGUAAUUGUCAAAAAAAUGUUCCAUUUAUUCCGAAACUUCUUCCAAAAAAGAAUAAAUUUGUUCCAAACUUGCGCGCGGUAAGGAAAACUGACGUUCAAUCGGACAAUUCUCCCUUGAUUAGCCCUAAGAAAAAUACAGGUCCAGUCAAUAAUAAUGCUGAUAAUUCUCCUGAUAUAGCUGCGAAAAUUGAAUCCCAUGUUGACUCUGUUGAUAAAAUUUCAAAAGCAUCGGAGAUGUUGUCCGAAGUGCCAAAAACUGCUAUUAAAGAUGAAAUCAGAAAUCAGUCAGCAAUCAAUGAACAACAAAGAGAGCCUCCACCUGUGCUAACAAUCCAGCCUCCCAAAGAGCCGUUGUCAUCAAGCAAGCCAAAUGCACAACAAUCUGCCGACAAAGAAAACACAAUCUGUAAUGAUGAGGGUCAGGCGAACAAUCCAAGCCACAUAUUACAGAAUAGCAAGAAAAAGAAGCCAAGAGCACAAGGAACAUUUUUGCAAAUGACCAUUGAAGCCAAAAAAGAACUGAAUGAAAAGUUGAAGGAUGGUAAGCUCGACAAGUCGAAGCUUAUCAUGCGGGAUUUGAUUCUGUAUAACCCUUCUUCAAAUCCGAUGCCUGUUAAACCGAGGACAAAGGGCAUUAAAGAGGAACAUAGAUGUAAAACUGAAAUGAAAAGCUUACAGGAGGAAAUUUUAUGUGAACAAAGUGUUGAUGACGUGGAAGCUACAAGAGACUCCAUGCCAGUCCCACAGUUGAAAGUUGGUCCAGAUGGUAAAAUUAUUUUGGACUCCAGCAGUCUGGUGAUUGAGACAACUGGCACUGAGAAGAGUCGAACUGAUAUUCAGAACUCUGAACUUGUAGAAGAAAACGAGUUCAGUGGUUUCAAAUACAGAAAAAGAAGAGCUCGGCGUAAUGAAUGGAGUGCUGAAGAAACAGUACUUUUCUAUAAGGCGUUGAAUGACCUUGGCGCCGAUUUCUCGUUGAUGCAGACAUUAUUUCCGGGCCGCACUCGCCGCGAUUUGAAGUUGAAGUUCAAAAAGGAAGAGAAAUGUAAUCUCAGUUUGGUAGACAAAGCCAUGACCCAUGUCGGCAAAUUCAAUUUUGAGGCUCUGAAGGAAGAAUUGG